UCCUUCUUUUUAAGGAUGAAUUUCUUAAGCAAUAUUUUGAGGGAAGAGGGCGGUUUUGAUUACAAGAAAGCAAUUGUUGAUUCAAUUGUUAUCCUUAUAAGAGACAUCCCAGAUGCCAAAGAAAAUGGGCUACUUCACCUUUGUGAAUUUUGCGAUAUCUCAUAAUUCACUAUGUUUUCUUUAUUCUGAGAAGAGGAAUGGUUAACCAUUUGUUUGCAGGUUCGUGAUAGGGCUACUCUAUAUCUGAAUAUGCUUGAAGUUGAUGGUGCAAUUGUUGAAACUGAUAAGAUGUGAAGAACUUCCUUUUUGGGUCUUUGGAUGUGCCAUUAGUCAACCUGGAGAUGAGUUUGAAGAACUACGUUCAAGAACCUUCAGAAGAGCCUUUUGAUAUUGAUUCUGUACCUAAGGAGGCUAAGUCUCUUCCACUUGCCGAGAAGAAGGCCCCUGGUAAAAAGCCAACUGGUUUUGGUAAAAAGCCAACUGGUUUAGGUGCUGCUCCAACUGCUCCCACGUCCACUGUUGAUGCUUAUGAAAAGCUUCUUUCCUCUAUCCCAGAGUUCUCGAGCUUGGAAGCUUUUCAAGUCUUCGGCACCUGUGGAGCUUACAGAGGCUGAAACAGAAUAUGCAGUUAAUGCUGUUCAGCACAUCUUUGAUAGGCAUGUGGUGUUCCAGUACAACUGCACAAAUUCAAUUCCUGAGCAAUUACUGGAAAAUGUCACCGUUGUUGUGGAUGCUUCUGACACCGAGAAAUUUACUGAAGUGUCAACAAGGCCUCUAAGAUCUCUUCCAUAUGAUUCACCAGGACAAACAUUUGUGGUAUUUGAGAAACCAGAAGGAGUCCCACAGUUG